AUGGACGCCGGUUCUUGGGGCCUCGUUGCUGUUGCCUCCCCACGGGAGGUUGGGAUCAGCUCAGUGGGCUCGGUAUUUCUGUUGCUGCCUUCCCACGGCCCGGACUUCUGUAAGCGGAUGGCCAGAGGGGGGAAGGCAGAGCUGCCGCGUGGAAUCGCGUACUGCGGGGGAGAUUCCCCCGAGUUCCGGAGGCCGGGGAAACGGAAGGCUGCCUCGGCCGUGGACAAGGCAGAUGAAUGGCGCCUCGAGGCGAAAAAGAGCGUCCGGAGUGACCUGAUGUGGGCGCUUCCGGCGAUAGCCUUCUCGUCUCCACGGUAAAUUAUUAUCAUCUCUCAUUUGGACAUUGGCUAUCGGUCAAGACGUGCAUUGCAUCUUUUAGCCGAGGAGAGAUGCAAUAGCCGGUCAAAAGUUUGGAAUAAGCCGGAAGUUGUCUCUCAUAGAUGGACGCAGAGGGUUUUGGGUACAGCAUCCUCCGACAAUGUUGGUUUCUAGAAAGGGUCUGAAUCUGCAGUCGGACUGAAACGAAUUUCCCUUUUUCUAGAUGUGUGAUCUGUAGGGAUCUAUCAGAUCCCGUGGAAGAGGCCUCGUUAUGCUAGUAUAAACCACGCUGCAUCAAUUGCGUUUUAAAUCGAGAGCCAGUCUGAAAAUUCCAAUUAGGUUAUUUUGCAUGUCGACUACAAGAGGGUUAUCUGGUCAGUCCUUCCCAAAGCUUAGGAACUUUUAAUCAGGAUUUCUUGGGUCAGCAAUUUGGUAAACUCGUGACUAUCCCCUCUGAAUGAUGGUAAAAACCGUCAUAAAUUGCUGAAAGCCUACUUCUUGCAUUCUUUUGAUAUAACCAAUCGAUAUACUCGUGUAGCUGAAAAGCAGGUUGCGAAGGUAACUUUUGUCACUAUCCGUAAAUCGAAAAACCUGAGUGUUUCUGACUUUUUUAAUUUCUUAUUUUUUAGAUCCUUCGGUGCAUCCAAACAACAAAAUUUCUGCCUAAUGUGCAGUUCAAGAAACGCCACCCCACAGUCUCGUGAUACACCUCCUAAAAGAGGUCUGAUCAUAAAGUUAAUUGCCGCUUCAUCUGCUUGGAACAUGCUUGAAAUGUGUUAGAUUUGGUUAAUUUAAUGUUGGGGAUGAUUCCGGCGGGAGCCCUUUUCUGCUUGCGAAUCAACAUGCUCUUCUUUCCGCUUCUGAUUUUACUGGAUUUCUUUAUGAAUAAUUCCAAAGUUGUUUUCUAGUUUGAGACUUCUUUAUUCAUCAUUCUGUCACUAAAAAAAUGUGUCGACUAUUUUUAUGUGUUUGCCAAAGACACUGGUAUUGCUAGUGAGAAGGAUUGGGGGAUCAUCCUGUUAAAUGAAACUGUCAAUGAGUCUGGCACCAAUGAAGAUGGUAGUACCUGGUAUCGAGAAAGUGGAGAAAUUCUUGGUGAUAAUGGGUACCUGUGUCGUUGGGCUAAAAUGGGAGGUCAAUUACAUGAUGGUUCGACAGAGUGGAGAGAAACGGUACACUUUUUAUUUAUUACUUUGAUGUUUUAAUUUCUGUGAGAUUUUGGAUUCGUUCGUUUCUAAAAUUUAGUACCAAGUACAUUACUGUUUCUGGUAAAAAAAAAAAAAUUAUAAUAUCUCUAUAUCCCUUUUACUUGGAAAAUUUAAUGCUUCAAGUUUUAACCUCAAGAUUCUCAGACUUAGUCACAUGUUUGGGUUUCAGAUGAUAAUAGCCUCAGAAGAUAGUUGCCUUCUUGGUUUACUCCCCUGACCUUGAUGCUAGGCCUAUUAUGCAAAUGUAAAACAAGAAAUUCACACGAUCUUGUUCGCUCUUUAAAGUACCCAUGGGUUUUUCUACCCGAUUUUUUUAUGUGGUUGUCUAGAUGCUUACUUUCGUUUGUUAUUUUGUUGAAUUUUUCAAGCACGCCUGCUGGCACACCCUCUUUGAAGGGAAAACCCAGGUCUUUUGUGAGUCAUGAAGAGCUCCUAUCUUGGCAACCUUGUAUGGUUAAUGAAACAACAAUUUCCUAUCUUGGCAACCUCUUCAUUGGGUUCUUGUCUUAUUUGACUUUCAUGAUUAAUUGAUCUUGAUGUUUGCAACUUAUUUGGUUGCUGUUCUAAUUUAUCAAUUUGACCCUAGAGAUGAACUAAAAUUCUUAGGAAUUUAAGUCCGAGAUCAUGAUGUUUAAUGGGUGAAAUAUCAUAUCACACAUUUAUGAUGCAGCUGUCGAUCAUGAUGUUUUAUGGGUGAAAUAUCAUGUCACACAUUCUGGAUUUUUAGUGAACAUUUAGGUGAGUUUUAUCUGGUUAGUUGGAAGAUAUGUGAAUUAGACGACUGCUACUCUGAUGGACAUAACUAGGACUCUGCGAUUUUGCACCUAUGCGAUGGUUUGACAAUGAUGUCCGCAAUCUUGAAAUUUGUGAUCUAGAUUUCCUUAGUUCAUAGAGAAAAGGCAAAUGUUAUAUGUACGACCUUUAACAAAAUUUGAAAAAUGCUGUAGUUCUAUAUCUAGAUACUGAGGUAGCUCUUUUGUUCUGGAAGCUACAUCGUCGCCAACUUCCAGCGGCAUUUUAUCUUGUUUUUGAGAAAUUUCAUCUCCUUGAGUCUAUCUCAACUGAAAAAAUAUUCGUUCGUUUUUCAUGCAGCAAUUUUUGCACGAAAAGUUCCCUUGCAGAUGUGGUUUUUUUAAGCGAGGCUGAACCUUCCUUGUUUUAUAAAGUAUGUUUCCCUUAGUGAAUGAUUUUUGAAAAUGAGUUCUAGGGAAAUUACAUAUUUUUAAUGUCAUGAGGAAAAAUGUCCCAUGACAAUGUGGAUGACUUUAGUAGAUGGUUGAUUGAAUUGAGCGAAUAUGAAUUAAAAGUGGUGUUUUGAGCUGGAGUGAAGGGUUGAAGUUUCAUGCCUAUAUUGAGAGAUGACUAAAUAAUGCUUUUAGAAGGUCGAUUCAGCUUUUUCGUUAUGAAUUCUCUUGGAGCUCUGGUGAACAUGCAAUAAAUAUAGAUCCACCAACUAAAUAUGUAUGUGAUUGAAAACCAAAAGAAGCAAAGUUGUGGAAGUAGAAAUGAGAUAUUAUUUAACAAGGCGAAACAAGACAAGGCAAGAAGAACACUUAGGUAGCUGCAUCUGAACUUUCUUCUCUUUAUGUUUAAUUGAUUGUUUAUGUUACGUUUCUAAAACAUGAUUCUUUUAAUUGAAUUAUUAGCUUAAGGCUCUGGAGCCUUGAAAACUUAGCCGGUUUGAACAGCCCAAAAUCUGUUGGAAGGAUGACAGAAUUAAGAAUGGAAUUCAUAGUGGCGGUUUGCCUGAGAGAAAGAGGUGCGACCAUUGUGGUGUUAGGUCAUACGUAGAACCAAUCCUCCUUAGUCAAGAGACUAAAUCUACUCAGCACUGAGGUGACACUCGUCUACGUCGUUAUGUAGUCAUGUACCAGCAAAGUGAUGCAUAAUAUCUCUUCUUGAUUCCAACUCGUAAUGUCUCAUGUAGUUUUUCAUUUGCCAUGGUGGCUAUUCUAAUGAAACCUGAUGGUUCAAGUUUAACAGCCUGCGUCCACUAUGCAUGAAUCGUCAAAAUGUAUGAAUUAUAUGUGACAAAUUUCCUAAGCCCAAAAAGUUCUUCGAAGGGUUUUUUUAUAAAUGACAAGUCUCUUGUUUUCAUGUAAUUCCUGUGUCACUGGACGGGGAAAUGAUUAAUAUUUUUAUUUAUUUAUUUAUUUUAGGAGAGAAAUCAUAGGACUAUUACUCUAUUAAAUAUUGUGGUUUUCAUACAUCUUUGGGAACAAUGAUCAGUCUUACCCACAUGAGGAAUUAAUUUGUCUCUCAAAUCUCUUUAACAGUGGUGGGAGAAGAGUGAUUGGACGGGGUACAAAGAAUUAGGUAUCACAAUUCUCCGAUUUUUUUUCUUUACAUAAUUUGAUUUUCUGAUUCUUGCAAUGACAUCAUUUAUUGGUCAUAGAACUAGCGAUACUGUGGAAACUAUUGCAACUACUCAUGCCUUAUCUCUUUUCUUUGUGUUAUGUGGCCUUUUGUUUCUUGGAAAAUGUCCUUUUUCGUCCAUUAGAUUGUCAUAACAGAAAUAUGCGAGUUCUCUAUUAUUUAUUUUGGCCAGUGCUUUUUCCAUUCAGAAUGUGCAUUUUUUAAAAAAUAAUCAUUUCUAUCAUCGAUGUUUAUCUUUUCAGGUAUAGGGCCAUUUUCAAAUCGUCCUAAAAAAAUUCACAUAACGGUGAACUGACUUAUUGAACAUGUAGUCACCAAUUUUUGAUAUCUUCAUUAUUACGUACUGAGAAAAUUUUGGGUUAAAAUGAGAUAGAAAAUAGAAAAGUAGAAAUCUCAUAUCAUGGAGCUGCUCCUUGCAAUAAGAAUAGUAAAGGCAUGAGGCGGAAGUUGAAUGACAUUUUUUAAAUGAUUUAUCGUUUAUUUUAUGCCGACCAGAGGACUCUUGUCAAUGGGCUGGUGAGCAUUCCCAUAGGACCCCUAAUGUUUUUGUGGCUGGCAUUUGAAAUGAAGUAGGGGUACUUUAAUCGGGUAAAAAGAGAAUAGUGUUCAAAAAGCAGUUUCCUCGUCCCAGUAAUAAGCUUUAAUUUUGGAGAAGUAUCCUUCUACUGUAUAGUCAGAUAAAAAUCUGUUUUAAAAAAAUGAGGAUUUGGAAUGAUGCAUGAAUUUACUUUAUUUUGUCUUGGUGAGUCUCAUUUAUUUUUAUAAACACGUAAUUCCAAUUUUUUUUUCAUGGCUUGAAAAAUCUUCCUAUUGUAACUGUCGUUCAUUUUGCCGCUAAAAACGUCCUUUUCUCUGCCUGUCGUCAUGAUGUUCAUAUCCUCCCUUUAUUAUCUCCAUUGGUCAUUGCCCUCCAACUAGUACUGAUUACACCUACCAAUUCUCCUUUUCCCCUUCUCUUGUGAAGUCAUAAUUGUGGUAAAUGAGAUCAGGAUCAAUGAUUUAAAAUGGUAUAUAUAAAUAUGCAUAUGGUAAAGUCCAUACUCGGACUUCUUUUAUUUUUACUAUUUUCCAAUUAAAGUCAAUAAUUGAUAUACUCAUAUUUUAUAAGGGUUUUUCUAUUUUAAACAUUUUUAGGAUUUUUACAGACUAGUGCAAAUGACGGCUCAGGUCAAGUUAGUUUAAUUAAUUGACUAUUCAAGUUCGUAAAAAAAUGUUAAAUUGCACCGAAAUUUAGCAAACUUGGUCCAGUUGAGCUUCAAGUUUGAAUUAAUCAAAUAUUGUUUUCAAAUACUUUCGGAAAUGAAAUGGUAUUUUUUAGGCUUGAUGACUUUAUAAAGAUAAUGAUUGAUUUAAUGUCUGUGUACUAUCAAAAACUGAAACUUUGAGUCAAAAGAAUAUCAGCCUAGUUUCAACUGUAACAACUCGUAUGCCAACUUUUAUGUCCAUGUCCGAAUUUUUUUGAAAUCUACUCACGUAAUAUUUUGACUAUGAGACGUUAUUUAUCUUAUUACGUUAAAGAAUUUUGGAAGUUGAAGAUAGGUGAAGAAGAAUUGUCUUUAUAAAGUUUUGUCCCUUAAAUAGGGGUCAUCUGUAGACGGAAAGCAUUCUCUUCGAGGAUUUAGUCUGUUGAGUUGUACUGUCUCACCGCAACAACACUCUCCACAAGAUCUGUUUAAAUGAAGUACUACCUAAGACGUAGACGCAGAUACCCUUAUUACAACAUUACUUAGUCACAUUAGAUCUGUCUCAUUAGUAUAAUUAACACGGGUUUACCUAAACGAAUAAGAUCCAUGUAGUUGGUUCUAGAUAACCAAUAACUUGGUUCUUGAUACUCCAAUUCCUUCUGCACACAAAUUGGGGAGUCCUCUGGUGCUGGGAUCAAGUUGCACUGAAUAUGUCAAUCAUAGUUUCAAUCCAGUUGUCUAAUUAAAGAGGUGUAUUUCAUUACUUUCACCCUUUUAAAUUUUAGACUAACGUGUGAGGUCACCUAUUGGCUACCAGUUUGCAUCUAAAAUGCCAUCAAGAUGCACUGAUUUGGUGAAUAUCAUAGUAGGGAUUUUGGUAUUGUUAUCCCUCUAGACCUUUUAAUUAAGUUUGCUUUGAACCAAUCUCUUAUAAGGAAGGGACGCGUUUUCACUUCUAAAAUCUUGCCAUCACGUAUCUAUUGCUAUUUUUUUUAAAUGAUUCUUUUCAUUUUUGUUUGCGCAGGUGCAGAGAAGUCUGGGAAAAAUGCCAAAGGAGAUUCAUGGUGGGAAACAUGGCAGGAAGUCCUCUAUCAAGAUGAAUGGAGGUACACACUUUUGGAUAAGAAUUUAUACUUCAUUGGUUCUCAUGCCAACUGUGGAGACAGCCUAUUAGGUUUUGGCGAUGUCAGUGCCUCUAGGCUUAAAGAGAAGUUGUUAAAACCAAAAUUUGAUCAUCCUAAUUCUACCAUGAGAACCUAGUUCUGGAGGGGACACGAUAUUCUAAAUCCGUAGGCUAAAUGAGCCAUAGUUUUUAUGCGGAUAUUGUGACUCCAAAUUUAGAGUGAGUACCACAUUACAGGUCAUAGAGAAUAGUUGAAAUAUUUAUUGGUUGAAAUACAGCAAUCUGGCAAGGAUUGAGAGAAGUGCUCAAAAACAGGCAAUAUCCGGCACUGAAGCGGCUGGAUGGUACGAAAAGUGGUGAGCAAUCUUUUAGGUCAAUCUUGAAUUUAGUUGUUCAUUCACGUUUCUUACACAUUGGCAGAUUCUUUUUUUAUUCUUACAUGUUUUCUCUACUAUCAAAAAUCGGAGAGUUUACUCAGGUGGGAGAAGUACGAUGCAAAAGGGUGGACCGAGAAAGGAGCACAUAAGUACGGUAGCUUGAACGAACAAUCAUGGUGGGAAAAAUGGGGAGAGCAUUAUGAUGGGAGAGGAUCUGUCGUUAAAUGGUUUUCUCAAGCUCAUAUCCCAUUUUCUUUUAUAUUUUCUUAUAUUCAGUUCUCAUUUGAUGAUAAAUACCUUUCAUUCUCAAGCUAUUCGUGCUGCUCCAUAUGUGAACUACUUUAACUUGGUGAAAGUCUUUUGGAAUCAUGUCACUUAUUAGAUAAUGUACUUUUUCCUGAUUAUAAUAUCUUUAACGUGGUACUUUGCAGGCCACUACAUUUUUCCGAAUGUCUGCUCGGUCCAUUAUAGAUGAGAUCACAUUUUUUUUAUUUUGCUGGGGAGCUUUCAGUAUCACAGUGUUUCUUUCUGAUGAGGAAAUAAUUGUAUUCGUUUGGUGACCUGCAAUCUUGGCUUGAAAGUAUGAAACAGUUUGUGUACAGAAGCAACACAUCUGAAAUCAUCGUAGUUUUUUGUGAUGAUUGAUGUACCGGAAUUGUUAAUUCGUAGUUUAUAGGCCAUACUAAAUUAUUUUUCACUUGGCUUUAACUUUGGCAAGAACUUUGUUUAAUUUUGUGCCGGGUUGGAUCUCAUCGAUUGUUAUUUUCUUAGUCUACUUACAGCCUUGUCGAAUAUCUUGAUUAUAAAACUCAUCAUUAGACUUAGGUCCCAUAAGUUAUUAGCUGUUGGCCGAUGGCAUGUGCUGAAUAGCAUAUGUUCUAGGCUGGUCGUCAGUCAGUCUUUGAGGAUAGAUGCGCUUCAUAUGGAGCGGGAACGACAGGAUUUACAUUGCCGAGCAAAUCAAGAAUUGGGAACUCAACUCCGACAAACACGGCACAGAUGGUUUGAGCUAUAUUUCAGUUACUAUUAUAGAUAAAGAUUUUCAUGCAAAAGAUAUUGAACAAGAAAUGUCUUUGUUGUGUGGAUAACAACAUUAAUUCAGAGAGACUUGGGGCUUUCCAAGAAUUUUCCACUGGCUCUUGAUUCUGCUAAUCAGGGCGUAAAUCCGAGAUAUGCCGGGUAUAGAAAGGUCAUGUUCAUUGAUUACGCUGUGUUUAUGCAAAGAAGUGACCUCUUGUUGGUAUAUAUAUACACUGAUAUAGUAUUUGUAUGUUUUUCAUGUGAAACUCAUGGAGUCCAAGUUAUUUUUUCCACGAUUUCUCUGCAGAAAAGUGACAUUCUUCUAACUAAUUUUCUCAGGACAGAUAAAUGGGCAGAGACAGAAACUGGUACAAAAUGGGGGGACAAAUGGGAAGAGAGAUUUUAUGCUGGAGUAGGCUCUCGUAGAGGAGAGACAUGGCAUGUAACACCAACUGGCGACCGUAUGUUUCCUUAACUUUUUUAACCGCAUAUGGAGCCCAUUAACGUGGAAAGUAUUUCAGAUUUGUUCUAGGAACCUGUGUUAAAUUAUUAUAAAUAAUAAUAAUAAAAAAAACGUCAUCUUCUGCUCAUUAGCUCAUUUGAUUACCAUCAAAUUAUCAGAACCUCUUUAUUUCAAGCUAUUGCUUAUUUCUGAUCCACGUAUAGUGAUCGAAUCUGUGAUUGGAUUUAUGUAUGUCAUCAUCGUUACAUUAUCUACCAUAUCAAACUUUAUAAACGGCGGAUUGCCAUUCACGACACGAUCACUCCUUGAAAUAUUGGCAUGGUUUCAUGGUCAGAAUAAUAUAAUCUUUGUAAAUAUUCUUUUGGAAGUGGUUAUUGCGUGUGCAAUCUUGAACAAUUACCAGAUUAUUGUUCAUAAGAAGAUUAACAGACUAUUUAGAGGGGAGGUUUUCUUCGAAUUGAACUGUUGUUCAAUUUUCCAGGAUGGUCGAGAACCUGGGGAGAAGAGCACCUUGGGAAUGGGUAAGUGCCUUUUAUCUGCCUGCCCCCGUAUGAGGUUUCUCCAUUCAUUCCAACUAGGAAUGAACACCUUGCGGCGGGGGGGGGUUCUCUUGUUUCAAAUCCUAUUGCCAAUAUAUUUGCUGAUCAUGUUCGAAUCUACGGUGAUAUUUUAAUAGUUUCACACUAGAGAAGAAAUGAAGGAAAAAUAGACUGGAUGAUUUAUCAACAAGAACACUAAACAGUAUGAUUUCUAUUUUACUUAUUUGGGAUCCCUGAAAUCCUAUCCAUUUUCCUGAAAGCACAGCCAAUUCGAAUCCGCCGAUACGAGUCUCUGUCUUUUCUCCUUAGUAAAAAUGCUUCUUGGUUUCAAUUGUUCUUUAUCGUUCACCAUUUCUGAAGUCAACUGUUCUCCAUCAAGCUUCUGGAUGUUUUCAAAGUCAACUGUUCUCUGUCAAGCUUACCGGUGGAUGAUUUCUCUUUCCGUAGAACUCACGCGUCGCCCAUUUUCUGGACGCUUUGACUGUUUCAGUCAACUGUUCUUCUGAUGGCAGCCAAUCCUCUCGUUCGUGAUGCAGCAACGUACAUAAAUAUGGGAAGAGCACCACGGGAGAGAGCUGGGACAUCGUCGUUGAUGAGGACACCUAUUAUGAGUAAGUGAGCAGCCGUGUCCAACCUGGGCCUCAGGGCCUGGCCUGAACCCUAAACUAAACCCCAUGGUCAAAUCAAAGAGAUAAAAGGCUUGGCGUUGACUUCUUGUCCUUUUCUCUCUCCAUGGAAGGGCCGAGCCUCACUAUGGAUGGGCGGACGUUGUGGGGAACUCGAGCCAGCUCCUAUCGAUUCAGCCUCGAGAGCGGCCGCCGGGAGUCUAUCCAGAUCUCGACUUCCGAUCAACAUCCGCUCUGCCUCCGGAAGACCCUCCUCCUCCUCCGGCCGUCUCCCCUGCCUCCUAG